GACACACCGCUGUGGUUUGGAGAGUGGGGCCUUCCGACGCAGUUUGAUGCAACGGAUGCGUUCCUGUACAUGUGGGCGGACGCGCAAAAGCUCGCAUAUACCCAGGGCGCAGGAUGGAUCUUCUGGAACUUCAAGGUUGAGCAGUCGGAGCUCGCGGGGAACCUGUCCCGGCAGUGGUCUUACAUCGAGGGCGUCAAGCUCGGCUACUUGACGCAGAAUCCUGCCGACUAUCACAAUGCCAGCGUAUGCGCGCCUUACAUCGAGUCUUCCUAA